GUAAAAAAAAAAAAGACAAUUUUCUGAAACGUUGAAAGGGAAGCAGAUAAUAAAUAAUAUUAGACUAAAGCCUCAGUAGGACAGAAAGUAACAUUCUAAAUCUACGUUAACACUGUUGGAACUUUAAAACUUUGCCUCAGAUUUAAUACAAUCUUUUCCUUAAGGGAAUAGAUGUAAAUAAAUGGUCCUGUUGUAAGUCUGGUUCUUGAACAUUCAUAGCAUCUGUGUGAACUGGAGUCAGGAAACACAUCCAUCUGCUGUUAUGGCUCGGUUUGGCCGCAUCCAAACACCGUGAACCCCGGGUUUGAAUUCCCUCAGCUAAAUGCAGACAAACAUUUACCCUAUGAGGCACAGACGGUUCAGAGGGAAGGGAAACCACGUCCAUCUGAAUCUUAAAUAAGCGCCUCGGCCCCGCCGGUGCCGGCUUUCCUAAACACGUCGCACCAUAACUGUCACUUAGUUUAGCUCCAGAGCGGCUCCACUCGUGGUUGGUUUGGACUGAAGGGAACACAAACAGACUUUAUUCAAGAGCAGAAAGUCUCCCUGAAGGAGCGGCUGUUUCUGCAAACAAAGACAAAAAGGAGAGGGAUCACCUGCUUUACCUGCAGGUUAUGAAGCUAAGCAACAUCAUGAGUUUGAGCCUCAUUUCUCAUGAAAAGGAAUCUAAUUGGAUUUUUAUAGAAAAUGUGUCACUUUCAGGCCAGAAUUCACCUGAUGGUCAGCAUUUCCGCACCUGGAAGGUGAGAUGGUGCAGUAAUCCCUCACAGAUGUGUCUCAUGUUUCUUUCGUUUAAAGGGUCCGUACUCUGCUUUUCUUAAGCCUUUCAAACUCAACAACAUCCAUGUAUAUAAUAAUAAAUUACUUUUGGCACACUAAAGAAAGUUUUGACGAGAAAACUUGGAUUGUUGAUAGAAAUGAAUUCAAAUAUAGUUUUUCAAAUGACACAUCAUUCAAACACGAUGCAUUAUGGUCUAUAUUUGACAAUUUAGCGAACAUCGAUGCACACGAGACUAUUCCUGGUACAUUUUGGACACCCCCGGAAAAAUGGCGAACCGCCUGCACAAACCAGAGGGAAGUGAGGGAAUUUGGACAAGUCAUCUUAACACAUAGGAAGCCAUUUGUCCUUAAAAUGAAGUUAAAUGGGAUGUACCACAGAUGACUUCUCUGAUGUCUUUCCGUGAUGUCACCUAUGGGUUCUUAUGGGUUAGGUAUAGAUUUUGACUUUUUGUUUAUUAAAAUCUAGUAAAAAAAACAAUUAUAAAAAUACACAAAGGGCAACAAAAUCCUAGAUUCUUAAAGUAGAUAAAGAAAAUGUUCAGUCAGCAGCAAUGAGCUAUUAAAAUAGAUAUUUCCUUUACACUUCUAGAGCUCCUUUUAUAACCUUUGCAAGCUUUUCUCUAUAAAUCUGCAGACUUUUACUUUACACGUGACAGAAAACUACAAGUAAAAGUUUCACUGAUCACCUCUGGAAGAACUUAAACACAUUAAACCUACGGAAAAAAAGCAGAAAUGUGGAGUUAGUACGUCCAACUGAUACUAAAAGUCAUUGAUUCAUUUUACGACCACAAAUGAAGACAAUAUAACAUCCAGGAUGACUGAUAUGUUUAAAGUGGUUUCUAAAUUUAGACAAACAGACAGAGGUUCCCGCUCAGGCCCCUGGCUGCUAGUGGCAAACAGGGGUUGCCAUGGAAACACAUGAAAACAAAUGCCUGGCUGAGUCCAGUCUCUCGAAUCUUUCAGUUCCUGUCCCAUCUUUAGUUUUGAUCUUUUUCUUGCUGAUUGAAAACCGGGAUUUAAAGAGACAGAUUCCGUCAUUCAGGCGGGAACAGUCUGAGCCCAGAACUCCAGAAUCCACCGGUGUUCUGGAGCAACAUGGCAACUGGAAAGAGGACCCCAAAGUCUGGGAAAAGCAAGAAGUUCAGCCUGAAAAUGGCGUUGAGCUGCUUCCAGCUGACGCCUCUCAAGACGCAGCGUCUGAACCUGAGCUGCAAGGACUUUGACUCCGUGCCAAAGUGCAUCGAGGAGCUGAGCAGCUUUCAGGAACUGGACCUGAGCCGGAACCGGAUCAGAGAGAUUCCCACGUUUACUGCUAUCUUCUUUAGCAUCACGGUCCUGGAUCUGCACAGCAACCAGUUGGAGGAGCUUCCCGCCAGUCUCGGCUGCCUUCAGAACCUGCUGGUUCUGAAUGUGUGCAACAACCGCCUCAGGAGUCUCCCCGGUGAGCUGGGCCAGCUGAGGAACCUCCAGACUCUGAACCUGGCUCUGAACCGGCUGGACGCUCUCCCGGCCUCCAUCGUUGGGCUGAAGGAGCUCCGGUACGUCGGCCUCUCUGACAACAGAUUCACUCACUUCCCCGGCUGCCUCCGCAGGCUGAAGAAGCUGGAGAAGGUCAACAUGGCCGGGAACCCCAUCCUGACCCACCAGAACCCGGAGGUGGCGUCAGGGAGCUUCCUCCUGGUCCAGAAGAGCCUCCUGUGUGAGAACUGUCUGGAAAGAUGCCAGUCUUUUAGAAGGAAAAUGGAAAAGGAGGAAGCAGAGGAAGUGGAGUCCUGUUUCCCAUAGGUUUAGAUGACACUGCAGCGCCCCCUGCUGCUCCACACUCAAUAAUACAAUAAAAAGAUACAGCCUGAA